AUGGCGGUAGCAGCAAGGGCUCCCCCUCUGGUCUCAAGGCUGUGGGGGGCGGCAGCAGGAGGAAUACCGGCAGCAACAUCAGCUCGACGCCUCCUAUCGACGAGUGCACGCCUUGAAGCCGCGGGCGGUGGCGGCGGGGGACCUCGACGUCUGAUCCCAGAAGAGUGCAAACCCUACUACCACCCAAACGGGCAACUCCAGACGACCCAGGCCAACGUCGACUUCCUGCAGAGGCACAACAUCACGCACGACAACGCCGUCGCGCACGCGUCGCCACACCACCGCAACAGUCCACACAGGGGGCUCUUCAACCGCCUAGGCGUGGCCGUCAACUUCACGGGCGCGCACCUCAUCUCCCCCUAUGACCUGCACUUCCUCGACCCGCGAGGUCACGCCAUGGCCAGCAAGCAGCGCCAGCGGUACGGCGACAUGUCGCGCCACCAGCCCCUCUGGCUCAUCACCACGUGCACGGGGGGCGCAAGGGCCGUCGUGCGACACACCAUACAGCAGAGGUUACGCGCUGCCCUGUACUUGGCUCUCCAGGCUAGGGGGUAUGACCGGUUCGGCCGCGGCUCGACCACCGCGGCGAAUGCGGCAGCUAGAGCCAAGAGGCCUAUUGUGGGUACGCUCUGGAUACACGUCCGUGACCCUAUACGUGCCGUCUCCUCCGAGGUUAGCAAGGAGGCCUUUGGCCGUGCCGUCGUCGACCUGCUAGAGGACGCAGACAGGGUGACCGCUGAGACAUUGUCACAGCGCAGGAGCAGUUCUGCCAAGAAGGGCGGGGGCAGUGGCGGCAACAGCAGCAACAGCAAGAAAUCUCGGCCCAGAACGCCGUAG